AUGAAAUUUACACCAAGUGUGGUACUUGAUGCGCCUAGUUACUAUGUGGAUUAUUUCCAUAAGAAGCAGAAUGUAGAUAAAUGUACUAUCCUAAGGGAUCUCGAUUUAGAGAUUGAUUCUGUUGUGAUGCCUUCGUGUGUUGCGCUAUUAUCUAAACCAACACACAUCUUAGACCUCACGAACAAUAGUCUAAUCGACUUUCCAGAUCUACAUGACAGAGCUGAUAUACAUACGUUAUUAUUAGGACGAAAUAGGAUUAAUGGUACCAUCAACGGUAGGAGACUGCCGAAAUAUUUGAAAAAUUUGGUUUUAGCGAGUAACGAUAUCAAAGAAUUAAAUGAAUUGAAUGGAUUACAAAGUGCUCCGAAAACUCUUACUACCAUAUCCCUCCUGGGGAAUGGAAUAUGUCACUUGGAUGGUUAUAGAUCGUAUGUUUUAACGAUACUACCUAAUCUACAUAACCUUGAUUUUACAAAAAUUUCAGACCGGGAGAAAGCCAAGUUGAAGAAGAAUCCAAUUUUGAUAUUGAAGAAUGAUAAAAAGGCAAAACAAAGUAAAUCGAAAAAAUCUCAGGAUAAAUCCACUGAGAUGAUGAAUUUUGUAGUAAAUAAGAUGACAGAUAAGAGAAAACAAGAACUAAAGAAACAAUUAGCUGCAGCUGUGUCCUUAGAUGAAAUCAUUAAGAUUGAAAAACAAUUAGCCGGGGGAAUAUAG